CCGCGGGGCCCCGAAGCGGCUCCCGGGCCCGCGGGCGGGGGAGCGGGCCCGGCCGCGGCCGUGGCUGCGCUGCUGCUGCUGCUCGGGGUCGUCGUCGCCCUCCUGCCGAGCGCCCGCGCCGAGCCGGGUGUCAGGCGACAGCAUAUCAGUGAUGCUCCUUCUACAGGAUCUUUUCCUAAUUGGAGAUCUAUACUAUCACCAACACGGCCUUCCACAGAAACAAAGACUUCCUCAAUAGCUGAUAUUUCUAUGGGGCAGACUUUGGAGAAUGCAGACUUGCUUCAGAUGAUAAAAACCACACUGACUGGCACACGUACCAGGACUUUGGAUCAAAUGCACCUGUUGCCCACUCUGUACCAAGGCAGUGGAAACAGUGCAUCCCAGGAGCCCGCUGAAGUUUCAGCCGAGUCGCCCCUGAGGUCGUCAUCUCAAGAUGCAGACGAAACAGGUUUGCCUCAACUUGUGUUAUCUGGAGUAUCUUCUGGUGCAAUACCUACGGUAGGAGCUUCAGAAGCAAAACCACUAACAAGAAAAUCACCUCCAGCUUCACCAGUGCCAGCUUCUUCCUUCUUUUCUCUAGGCACUGAAAACACACCUUUGCCAUCUGUGAUGGCUUUAAGCACACUGACACUGGCCCUAACAAAAAAUAACACUGCCACAAAACUGACAUCGGACCUAAGCUCAGUAGGAACACGUGCAGAUUUUCCUUUUGCAACAAGAAACACAACUGCAUCACCCGUGGACGUGACAGCCACGCUGGUAACCCUUAAAGGCAGCACGGUCACAGCUUCCACACUCGCACCCACAGCCCACGCACCGAGGCAGAUAGAAACCACAGUAACUGACACCCAGAAGUUCCCGAGCUCAGACAUCACCAAAACGUCAACCCCCUACCCACUGACAAUUACAGCAGCUUUGACAUCUAUUACAGCAUCAGCGAAAACAACUAGGCUUCCCCCUACUCCAGUGGAAAACUCCUCUGCUCCCUCUGAAACCACAGCAGCAGCGGCUUUCGCUAACAUGACAGCGGCUCCCCCCCUGGACUGCCGGCUCUCCGACAACCUUAUGGUUAAAACAGUUCUGUUUCUGAACACAAGGAGGAUGAUGAUCAGCAAUGCCUUCAGGGAGAUGGUGAGAAAAGGACUCAACCAAGUGCUGAGACAAGCGUUCAACCAAAACGUCAGUGCUCAGGUUGAAAUCCUGGAGCAGUCAAGUAACCUGACGGUUGGUUACUACGUCACACGGGGCAGGCUGGUUUUCAUUCCGGCUGCUGUCAUCGAGAGGCUCCUGGCGUACGGCAUCGGCAACGCCACGGCAGACAUCAAGCAGCACGUGCCACAUCUCCAGGCCGUGGUGGCCCUGGCCUUGCCCUGGAAGCCCCUUCCUGCUUACCACUUCCAGCUGAAAACAGAGCUGCAGUUUGUGGGUCAAACAGACAAUAUUCAGUCAUGCAAAUUUAUUCAGACCAUGGAACAGCGACUACAGAGAGCAUUUCAGGAUGCUGAAAGAAAGGUCCUCAACACCAGCAACAACUUAACAGUUCAGAUUUUGAACACCUCCAAUGUCUCCCAAGCUGUCACUCUGUUUUACGUAGUGAACAAUCGAAGCACAACUCUAAAUGGCACCAUUUCCAGCAACCUUCUUAAUCAACUGUCAGCUGAGCUGGUGGGUUUCUACCUCACCUACCCACCUCUCACCAUUGCUGAAUCUUUGGAGUAUCCAAACCUUGAUGUCUCGGAGUCAACUAGAGACUACUGGGUGAUAACAGUUAUUCAAGGGGUGGACAUGGCCUUGCUGGGGCUGAACAACCAGAGCUUCGCACGGCUGAUGGAGCAGCGCCUGGCCCCGCUGUUCAUGAUGUCCCACCAGCAAGGACGGCGGUUCAGACGCGCCACCACCGUGGGCAGCUACACCGUGCAGAUGGUAAAAAUUCAGCGUAUUCCAGGACCCAAGGAGCCAGCUGAACUGACCUAUUACACUUUAUACAAUGGGAAGCCCUUGCUGGGCACUGCAGCUGCCAAAAUUUUGAGUACCGUUGACUCCCAGCGCAUGGCCUUGACACUGGGCUACGUCAUCCAAGUCCAAGCUGAUCCCGUGGUGAAGAACCCCCCAAACAACCUGUGGAUCAUCGCAGCGGUGCUGGCUCCCAUCGCUGUGGUUACAGUCAUCAUCAUCAUCAUCACAGCAGUGCUGUGCAGGAAGAACAAGAAUGACUUCAAGCCCGACACCAUGAUGAACCUGCCUCAGAGAGCCAAGCCAGUACAAGGCUUUGACUAUGCCAAGCAACACCUGGGUCAGCAGGGAGCAGAAGAUGAAGUUUUACCUGUAACUCAGGAGACUGUCAUACUUCCACUUCCAGUCAGAGAUGCUCCUGCCUCCCAGGAGAGAGAAAUUACCCAGGAUGGGAGCACCAUCAAAACUGCCAAAUCCAAUGAAACAAGGAAAAGCCGGUCCCCGAGUCAGAACGGCUCCAUCGUCAGCAAUGGGUCGGGAAAGCCCAGCUCUGGACGGAGCUCCCUCCAGAAAGUGAUGGCACCUCAGAAAGUGACAAAAGACGAAGGAAGGAAAAGAAAUGUGCCGGUGAGUGAUGAAGAGGAAGGAGGCAUUCUCUUUGACAACAUUGCCAAAUCUGCCAUUGACCCCUUCGACACCUCUUCUGGAUCAGUACAGCUCAUAGCCAUCAAACCCGUGGCCCUGCCUGCUGUUCAUGCUGCAUCAGAGAGGAGCCAGGAAUCUGCCAUCAUUAAUGGGGAGGUGAACAAGGCUUUGAAGCAGAAGUCCGAUAUAGAACAUUACCGCAACAAGCUGCGCUUGAAAGCCAAGAGGAAGGGCUACUAUGAUUUCCCGCAGGUUGAUAACAGCAAGGGGCUGACAGACAGAAAGAGGAUGUACGAGAAAAACCAGAAGGAGCUUGACCACAUUUUGGAUCCAGAUGCAGAUGUCUCGUCUCCAUUUGCUGAGCCUAAGAACAGGCAACCACUGAAGAACUCGGUGUACAGGAGCAGGCAGUCUCUGAACAGUCCUAGCCCAGGAGAAACUGAGAUGGAUCUUCUUGUGACUCGAGAAAGGCCUAGGCGUGGAAUCCGCAACAGUGGAUAUGAUACCGAGCCUGAAAUUAUAGAAGAAACAAAUGUUGACCGUGUCAACGAGCCUCGGAAUUACAGCAGGUCCCGUCAGGCCAAGGGCCACUCGGAGACCUCGACUUUAAGUUCUCAGCCCUCCAUUGACGAGGUUCGGCAGCAGAUGCACAUGCUCUUGGAGGAGGCCUUCAGCCUGGCCUCUGCAGGCCACGGGGGCCAGAGCAGGCAGGACUCGUACGGCUCGGCUCCACACCUGCCCUACUCGGAGGUGGUGACCAGCGCGCCGGGCACCAUGACCCGGCCUAGAGCGGGGGUACAGUGGGUACCCACGUACAGACCAGAAAUGUAUCAGUACAGCUUACCGAGACCAGCUUAUAGAUUUUCUCAGCUUCCUGAGAUGGUAAUGGGUUCUCCUCCCCCUCCUGUCCCUCCCAGAACGGGUCCUGUGGCUGUUGCCUCUCUCAGGAGGUCUACAUCAGAUAUUGGCAGCAAAGUGAGAAUACCUGAGUCCAGUGGAGCAGAUCAGGCCCAACAUCAUGAUCAGACACCUUUUGCACCUGGUUCGAGAGCUCCAAUGUCUGUUGGCCCACUCGAUCAAUCAGCUUUUCACUCAGGAAAUACAGUACCAGCAGUGUUUGCCAUACCAGCAGCAAACCGACCUGGCUUCACGGGCUAUUUCAUCCCCACGCCACCCACCGCCUACAGGAACCAGGCCUGGAUGCCCUACGCUGGAGAGAACGAGCUGCCAGGGCAGUGGGCAGACUCAGUUCCACUUCCUGGGUACAUCGAGGCUUACCCGAGGCCCCGCUACCAACACAACUCGCCGUCACGCCUGCCCCGGCAGUACAGCCAGCAGGGGGGCAUGCACCCCAGCCUGGAACAGGCCCCUCUGCCAUCCACAGCAGCUUCCCAGCAGAGCCUGACGGAAAACGACCCCUCUGACGCGCCUCUCACCAACAUUUCCACGGCUGCCCUCGUGAAGGCAAUAAGAGAAGAAGUGGCCAAGCUGGCCAAGAAGCAAACAGAUAUGUUUGAGUUCCAAGUCUAACGUCUUUUUGUGCACAGUAUUUGUAUCUUGGGACUCUGAAGACAUGUAAUCCUGCUUGCCAGCUAAGGGAAAUGCUGCCAGGAAACUGUUUCAUGUGGAUAAGAUUGACCAUAUGCAAUUGUUUGUCACUUAGCUCUCGUAUUAUGACCCAUCAUCACUGGAGAUGCUGCUGAACAUGUCUGCUCCACACGAGGUUUCAUUUGCAGGCCCAAAGGUAGAGCUGCUGAAAAUAAUUUCUGCAUGCCAAAGCUUUGAUUCAAGAAGGAAACGCCACAGAACGCGGUCGGCUAAAGGCGUGGUGGUGGCGGGCACGGUAAUUGUUUGCUGCAGGACGUUGUAUGAGGGAUGCUGAUUUCAGCAGUGGGGAGUCAUUCAGCCUUUUCAUUCCAGAGACUGCAUUCAAAGCAGAAGAAUUCAAGAUGAGUAAGUAAUCCAAAUAAAUGUCCUGUAAAUAGCUCCGAUUCUCUUCAUCCUAUUAACAGUGCUAAGAAGUGGAAGAAGAGAGGGCCGUGGAGAAGGUGAAUGGUAUUUUGAUAAUUGGUGGCUACCUUGUUCCACCAGUGCCACUGAUUAGUUAUGGAGGAGACUUUUUUUCAGUGUGAGAAAGUACAGCGCACGAAGAGCCAACAAAGGAUAUUGGUGCUAAAAGCUUCCAAGAGAAAUGAAAAAGUGUAUUCGCGUUUGCUCUAUAAUCAGACUUUCCACUCUGAAUGCAUGUGAAGCUGGUAAACCUGAGACCUUUGACUUUUUCCAACCUGGAAAAAUGAAUACACCUGCUUGGACAAGAAAACCUCUGUUCAACACAGUGCUUUUUUUCUUUUUUUUUUUCCUCUUUCUUAAACAAUGCUAUCUACUAAAGUGAUGCCAGAAAGUGCUACCUGAAGCUGCAGUUGAUUUUGAUGACGCUGGAACGGUGAACGCGCACCUAGGAAGCUCUGAAUGUAGAGGACCUAAUUAUUAUAUUAACAUGUAAAUAAUUUAACAGUUACGUGGAUUAACAAAAAUACUAAUGUUCUGUGACAAAGAGAGCAUUGCCAGAAAUUAUGCUGACUUUACAUUGUGCAAGAUAGAGGUUACUGAUGGUUAAACUGCAUUGUGGUAUGAAUCCAAUCCCAAAAGAAUAUCAAACCAGUUGAAUGGGACAGUAGUUAAUAUUUUGCAGUUGUACAAACUAGUUGGAGAUCAUGAACAAUUGUUUUCAGUUCCUUCAGCUAUUCAGCUUUGGGAACCGAACUUGUUGCAAAGUUUGUUGUCUUGGGCGUGUUUGAUGUCAACUGGAAUUAAAGGUAAUGUCCUUCAUUUCAGUAAGUUAUUUAGUUAUUCUCAAUUACUAUUUUGUCUGAUCAUUUCAUUUCCCUGAGUUUCUUUGGUCUUUACUGAUGUGAGAAAGGGAACUUGGUUUAACUUUUUGGCCACCAUUAAUUGAAAGAAGGAGAGAGAAUACAAUAGGGGAUAGAAGCAGAAAUUGAUGAAGCACAAACUUUUAAAACAGAGCUAUUUUUUCCCCUAUUAAUGUUAUUAUAUACCCCAACUGAGACUGUGAUACGUAGUUAUCCUAGAAUAUCCUAGAUGUCUUCUGCUCCAAUACCUUAAAUAUUGCAGAAGCCUUUGGAAUGCUAGUUAAUCUUUCAAUAAACGUGAAAUUUCAUUUUUAUUAUUUAAAAUCAGAUAUAAAUAAAAUGUAUUUUUGUAAUUUGUAUGUAUAUAUGUGCUGUAUAUUUAUAUAAGUGACUAGUCUGCUAUAGUCAGAAAAUUUCCAUAAACUGAGUGAGGAAAAAAAAAAAAAGAAAGGAAAAAACCCUGGUAAUUUUAAUGAGUGAUACAAACAUGCUAUGUCUGGAGUACAAAAAUAUACAUUUGGGUGACUUGGAUACCAAACAACCAAAGAAACUCAAUCUUUCACGUAAAUGCAAGUCUAGUAAAAGACCAGCUGCUGUCUCAGUUACCUGUCAGCUAAAUAAUACUGAUUUCAUCAGUGUAAUAGAAUACAGCCAAUUUGUGUUGAAUUAACAACUGCCUGAGAACCUCACACUUUUGAAUGGCAACUCAAAAAUACUGGGCCAAACUCAGUGUGCCAUAGAAGGGCUCGUUCUGGUUGUCUUCAGUGGGAGCCUCAUGUACUGAGAGCAAGGCUGAGUUUCUCUGUCAGGCUUUGUGUAUACGUAGGAAUUUCACCAGAACCCCUUGGACAGUGUUCUGCUGAUUUUUCUGUCAUUUGGAUCGCUGUAAUGCAAGUGCAGACAUAAUGGAAGAGCAGCUCACUUUUAUUUAGCCUAAGCUGGUUCAUAACUGGCUUAACCCAACUUGGGAAGCGAAAUCCACGUUAGGGCACAUCAGCCUCAUUUUGCAUCAGCUUUAUUAUCUCAGUUUUUCAAUGAUUCUUCUGUUUAGCCCAGUGAAAUUUUGCAAGCAAUUAGGCCCUUCCAUGCAGUGGGAGUGAAAUGAGCCAUGAAAUAAAUUUCUGUAUCUUAGGCUCCUGUUUUGCAGCAUAAUCCUAAAGCUGCGAGUCUGAAAGCAGCAGCGACCACGUGGAUGGAUGUGAAGCCACAGAGCUGGGAAGGGUAAUGUUAUGAUGUAUUCCCCCAAAAUAAUCACGGGAGGUUGGACAUACCAAUUUUAAGCACCAUCUUUGGGACAGUUAGCUCUGUGUGUAAAUCUGUUCCCUCUCUUAAGUUUUAGUAAGUUAAUAGUUCUGUUGAAAAAUGUGGGAGGGUAAAGCCUCAUAUAUCUUACAUGAAUGAAUCAUAUAUCUUGCCAUACUGGAAAUUAAAAAUUCUGGCAAUCACAGAGAUGUAAAUGGUUUGAGUGCCUGUAGAAAACAGAAAAACCCCAAACAAAACCAUUUAAAUAGCCUUCUAGAAAGAAAAACCAUUUCAGUAAAGUUAAACAAAGUACUCUUCUACUAAGGAAGACCUGUUAGACUUUUAAAAAUAAUUUUGUUUGGUAUUGUUAUCAACAAUGUGCAGUCUGUUGAACAUUUCCUGAACCAUCACUCUGAAACCAUUGUGGUGCACUUUAUUCACAAAACCAUCUUACCUUCUUCAUUCAUAAUGCCUUUUUAUCCUGUUUGUAAUAUGUUUCUGUAUUUUUUUUUUUUUAAGUACAAAGUAAGAUUAUAUCAAGACAGUAAGGACAUUCCUGGGAAAGAAAAAUCAUGCUGUAAUAUUUAUACUGUCUGAGCACAAAGCAAUGAUAAAGUGAAAAUAUAGUGUACAAAUAAUUUGUAAUAUAAUAAACAUUUUGUAUGGCUACAAUUACAAUAUAGUUUUUCAAUACUGAUUUCAAAGAAGAAAUUAUUUGUGUUUAAAGUUAUAUCCUCAUUCAAAUAUAUCCAUGCCAUUUUUACUGAAAAAAAGUAGUAAUUUAGGUUUUUCUACUUAAUACCCCAAUUUUAUUUUAAAAUAUGUCAAAUGUUUAGGCGAAAAUACUGUUCUGUGUGUGCAAAAAGUUUUGGUGUUCUGACCACUCUUUGUGUUCAGAUUUGUAAAUCAUCAGUAGAAACGGCUGCAAAUGAAAUGCACGUAUAAUUACUUCUUGGUAUCUGUGUACUGCCCACUUUCAGUUGGUAAAUGAUGUGUGAUAUUUCCUAACAUAAAUAGAACAGUAACUUUGAGAGGAUAAGAGGGAACUCAUUGACAGUAAUUUUUUGAGAAAACCAUAUUGUCUGGAUUUGUGAGAACCUCUAGCACUCAGUCUAGAAAUAUGAGUACUAUUUGUAUCCAAUAAUAUUAUGGGUAAAACUUGAUAGAAGUGCAUGAAAAUCCUAGAUAUAUAGAGAUGGGGACAUUAUCUGACAUAGUGGUCAUUUCUACUUCAGACUGACUUUGAAAAUGUGAGAUGCAAGAAAUGUAAGAUAAAAAUGAGAAGCAAAGUAGCAAAAGCAACGUGGGAUUGAGUGGCAGAACUGUUUUGUUUAAGGGCUGAUAUAUAUUACAAAGCUGACCACAGUUUUCAUUGUAUUUCAAGAUGUCUGACUGUUAAAGAAUUACUUACAUUUUAAUGUAUGUUUUUUAGUCCUGCAUUGCCAGUGUAAGAGCUAACUGCCAGCUUCUAAAAGCUGAGGGAGCUUGAAAGCAGCAAGUUUUCCGAGCUAGUAGAAGUCGCAUCAUUUUGCUCACCCUGUUCAUCCUGUGCAUUCUGGGCAGCUCCAAACACUGUGUCCAGUAACUUAUGGUCCUGGCCUUGCAUUUCUUGUACAUAAACAAAUCUCAGUGUCUUCCCAUACCUUGCUGACUGAAAUGGGAUAGGAAAACAAAUGUGAGAUAGUAUGAAGGCUGUUAACAGGUCAGGAGUAACUUCAGGGUCUGGGAGCCGUGGACCUUCUGCUGUGUGUAACUCAUACCUAUAGAAGAUGGUUGUGUUUGGGCAGCUGUUCCCAGCAAGGUGCAUUCCAUAUUGCCAGUGACUGUCAGACAUAAAUUACCACUCAGUCCUGUCCCAAGAGAGUGUAUGGAUUCCUGCUUCCACUCCUUUGUGUAAGCCACGUGCAUUCUCUGUGCAGAGAGUGCCAUAAUUAACACGAGUGGUUUCCAGUUACUCAAAGCAAUCUCUGGUAAUAAAAUACCAAGUUGCAUGGAAUCCUUACUUUACUGCAACAUUAGGAGGUGGAGGGAGGAAGAAAGAUGUGGUCAUGCAGUAUGCAGACUUUUUUAACAGUGCUAAAUGAAAUCACUAUCUCAAGUGGUAACUUACAGGUUUUGUGUUAGACUAUCUUUUCAUUGGUUAAUUUUUUUGGCCAUAACUCUAGGACUAAGUAACGAUAUUUUUUUUUUUAAUGCUUAUCAAAAUACCUCAAAAUUAGAUUUUUCCAUUUUAAGGAUAAGGUUACUCUUUCAGAACGCUUUUUUCGAACUUUUGCCUUUCUCUCGUGGAUAAAUAAUGCAAGACUCAACUUGUGGAAAUGAGAUUUAUAUAGGUCAGUGAAUAAAUUGCAUUCUGACUUGCUCUUUAAAAGAGACUUUCAAGAUGGCUAAGUCAUAAAGGCAAGGCUGGUUAAUACUGAAGAAUCUCUACUGAGAAAAACUGCAUUGCACAUCCUUGAUCAAAAUUGUUUUGCCCCACAGGUGAAAAGCAAUCAGAAAACUGAGCAUCUGGUGAUUCCUGUUACUUAGGAAACUUUUUGCUUGGGCUUUGUAUAAGACAUGGGAGAUGAGACAGAGAUUUUGAUGGGGUUGUGAGAUGGAUAGACUACCCUGUGUGACACAUUUGCCCUUUGAGUUACCCUUAAUACCCACAGACGUAAAAACUACAGCCUCCAAAGUGGUGUGGCAGAAAGGUGGUUUAGGUCCUGAUUUUUAAAAUACUGAAAUUCCCCAAAAUCAUAUAAUAUUUCAUGCUUUUAAAAUCACCUUAAAACCAUAUUCUUAUGAGUAUUGUAUCACACUUGCAUAUAACUGUAUGUGUGUGUAUCCAAAAAUACUUUUUCAAAACUAGUUCUAUUUGUCCAUCUCUUUGUCCCUAUUAAUUUCAGGUUCCUUAAGGUAUAUGGAGGCAGUGAUGCAGAGUUUGAUCUCAGAGUUGUUCUGUUAGAUGAGAAAUGGGCUUUAAAUAGGUGGUCAAAUGUAUAGCAGAUGUCUUGAAAAUAAUUACAAAUAUCACGAAGAGGUGUUCCAGAAAUUUGAUUUUUUUUUCAUUUAUUAAAAAUAAUUCUUGUUUUAAGAAGUGCCUGACUUUUCAUGAAUUUUUCAUGUUCAAUUAAUUCCCAAGGAGUAGCUUGAAACUAUAUUGCAUUCUGUAAAUAAUUUUGUAACUUUAUAAACACGCAUUUACCUGUGAGGCAAUAAUGGCUGCAAAGGAUUGUAAAUCAUACGGGAAGUUGAUUCCACUGAGUACAAUAUUUGGAAAGGAGGUGAAUUUCUCUUCCAAAGUAUGCCCCUUUUCACUGCAGCUCAGUGCAUUUCUGUGCUUUGUAAACCAGUGUCUAAACACCAAAACAAACACUGGCAUCAGUUAAAAUCCCUUUUAUCUGGCAAGGAGCACUGACUUUUGCAGCCUCCAGUGGGACCUUGUAAAGAGUGCCUGUGUAGAACUUUAAUUUUUUUAAGACUAUUAAACCAGAAACUUUUGGGUCCUUAAGUCUGGCUUUUUGCGUGGAAUCAGUGGCUUUUAGGUCCUGUGUCACCAGCAAACUUAACUAAGAGAUUCCUUGAGAUGUGAUGCAGCAGAACACAGCACCCUGUGCCAGGGAUCCACCAGGAUCUAAAAAGCAAGUUACUGUGGCAGAAGGAUAGGUGGUAAACCUUGCAUUUCAGCAGUGGAUGGACACUUAAGUAGUUAUGAGUUGAUUAUUAUGGCAGGCAAAAAAAGCCUUGAAGUUAACUGCUUUGAAUCAGUUUAUGUAUUUGGUUAGCUUUUGAUUUCUUCACUUGUUAGCUUGCUACAAAAUUAACAAUAUUAACAGUGUAUUCUAUUUCAGACUUAUAAACGUGGGAGAUCUGAAUGUAAGUAAACUUGAAGUUUAUUCUCUGUCUGUAUCUACUACUUUUCACACUGCAAUUAGGAAAAAAGAAAACCAAACACUUUACCCACCAAAAAAUUAAUUUUAGUAUUUCUUUCUGUGGCAGACAGAUUGGGAAUGCUUUUUCACUUCAUGUUGGUGUUGAGUUCUUCAAAUUGUAUUCAGUGUCAUAUUUGAUAGAAAAAAAAUGACAAUGAAGACAAAAAUUUUGGAAAAUAGGGCAGAACCCAUCUUACUGAAGCUUAAAUUUUGGGUUAGGAUUUAGCAACCCAUCAGAAACAGCUCAGAAACAAGAGAGUCUCUUUUGGGCAGUUCUCUGGAUCUCGUGAGAAAGCACAGAUAUUUCUAUGCUCCUUGACUUUUUAUUUUCACUUCAUGUCUUUUCUUGCCAUUGCUGUGCAUUCUGAAUUUGACUUUUGGUGUACACAAAGAGGUGCACUCUUUACCUCACUGAUAUGCUGCUGGUGUGAUGGAAGUAGUAACCAACACACGUGAUAGAAUUCUCAGAUAGCUGUGGCAUUGCUUGGCUUUGGCCCGUGUUCUGCUUUUUGGUAAUUACAGAAAUCAUAUUAGUGUUAAGGCAAAACGUGAGUACAGGUAACAGCUUCCACUGAAGUUAUUGGCAAAACACCUGCUGACUUCAAGGAGAACAGGACUGAUCCAGUAAUCCCUCGGUAAAUUAGCCGUCUCAAGUAUCUUAAGGUUGUGCAAAGAGAGGAAGGAUGGUUUCUGGUGAUGGGUAGCUGGAAAUGGGGAGAUGGCAGGUCAGCUGAUUUUUCUUCGGGAUUUUGGAGUGCUGCUGGGCAAGGUGCUUAAUCUGACUGUGCCUCAGUGUCCCAUCUGUAAAGCAGGAUGAAGGGACUGCCCCUCCUCAUAGCCCUGCUGGAGUGCAAGUGGAUACUUUAGUAUGAAGCACUAUUUAUUAUUUCAUGGAGCUCUGGUAAUUGUUCAAGGCUGUACAUUACCUGUUCCUCUGGUAGCAUUUAAAUAAAUGUGAAUUUACAAGAAAAAAACUCACCUCCUGAUAAUAUUUCAGUAUGUUCUAGGAAGCCUUUCCAGUAACAGCCUCUGCACUUUUUUACAGAGAUUUACAGAAUUUAUAUCAAGAAAUUGCCUCACUUCCCAUGCAACAGAUCUCAUUUUCCAAGGAAAUGAACUUUUCUUACAUCUUUGAAUUAUGGAAAGGACUAACUUUGCAUGAUUACAAAUAUCCAUGUUAUCUUUGGUGUUCACAGCUUGAUUCAACUAAACUGUAAUGGCUGUGUCUGUGAAAUUUGCUCAAAAUUUAUGAGUGUUUCAGCUGUAAAUGGGAAAAUUAGUUUUCUGAAGCUGCAAACUUGAGGGUGAAUUGAAAGCCGAGUCUGGGAGGGAUUAAAAUGAAAGAGGAAGAAAAUAAGUAAUUAAAAUUUUAUACUAUGCAAUCAGAAGGGAGAUCUCCAAGAACUGGUUCCUUUUGCAGUUACAAAUGUAGAACCAUCCUGAUGGUAGAAUUUUAUAUACAUAUAUGACUGAAAAGGAGGCAUUUAAAAUGUUCUGGGUCAUUACCAAAUGACUGUGUUUUUACUCUGAGCCAUAGGGUGAUUCUAGAAGUCAAGCCUACGAGUACUUAGAAUAGUUUCUUUCAUGUUAGUGGCUAUAGCUUAGUUUCCAGUUGUACGUGUGUUUUUCCUGGCAAUUUUGCACAUUAAAUAAAAUAAUGUCUCAAAA